AUGUUCGAUAUCAAUGACAUUGACGAGAGAUGCAUAGCAUUGCACCGCUCGAUACGUAGUAGUGAGUGCAGCCGUGGCCCGUGGGCCGUCAGCCGGGAGAUGCAGGCGUGCAGGUUGCACGCCCGCCCCCGGCCCGCCCCACGCCCCCGCCCCGCGCCGCCACCACCUCGCCUCAUCGCCACGACACCACUUGUUUUGAUGUACGGCCACUCGAGUAUGCAAAACUUGAGCUGUUACUUCGAUAUUCCUCUUGUAGGGUCACAACUU